AUGGUCAACAGGAGACUCCCCAUGUUUGCUCUUUACUUCUCCGAGUCUCACUUCCUUUCAUUGGGAUACUUUACUGACAUGUAUCCGUUUGAACAUCAACACAGUCCCACCAAAAACAGAAUUCACAACAUAUUAUCCCCCCUUGGGAAAUAUGCACUUGCAGCUACCAGGCCAUGCUGUCUCACAGUAUGGGCAGAGAUUGUUAUUGCCUUGACUUCAUACUCCAAAGUCAUGUUGGAUUCCAUCUUUGACAACACCCCUAGCUCUCCCCUAAAGCAACCCUUAAUGCACCUCAAUGGUACUAGCCCUGCCAAGCACAAGACUGAAAACGCUCAUGUCAAUGGAAAGCAGUGCUCUCAUCUAGCCCAAUACCACACAAAGUGCUGA